AUGUCUGGCUACAACGACUACAACAACCAGCAGGGCUACGGCCAGCAAGGCUACGGCAACCAGCAGGGCGGUUAUGGCCAGCAACAAGGCUACGACCAGAACCAGCAGGGCUAUAACCAGGGCCAGUACGGUCAGGGCCAGCACAACCAAGGACAGCACCAGCAAAGCUACGGCCAACAGCAGGGCGGCUACGACCAGAAUGGCUACAACCAGGGCGGCUACAACCAGCAGCACCAAUACCAGCAGCAGGGCCAGGACUACAACCAAGGCCAGCAGCACAACUACGGCGGCCAGCCUCAGUAUGGUCAAGAUCAGGGUGCUCCAGGCGGUGCCCAAGAGGGUGAGCGUGGAAUCGGAGGUGCUAUUGCCGGUGGUGUCUCUGGCGGCUUCCUCGGAAGCAAAGCCAACCACGGCUUUCUAGGAGCCAUCGGAGGAGCCAUCGCCGGCCACUUUGCCGAAGAGAAGCUCAAGAAGCAUGGAGACGGCCAUAGCGGAAGCGGCCAUGGAAGCAGCGGAGGCAGCCAUGGCGGAAGCUCUUUCGGCUCCAUGUUCGGAGGCGGCAAGCAUUAA